AUGGUAUUAGCUUCCAUCGUCGGUUUAACAUUGUUAUCAAUAUUCACACUGAGUGUAUCUUGCGGUCGAACUAACAAAACUGUAAUAGACAGUGAUCCAACUGAUAACGCCCGACGGCUGGUUUAUAAUUUUCUCAACGAAACGGAAAAUAAAAUUAUUCCCGGUCUUGUGAUCAGUGUAUCCGUCAGAGGUGAACAGAAAUGGUUGGAGGGUUUCGGCGUAGCUAAUAUCGAGCACAAUAUUCCUAUGACGGGCGAUGCAGUGAUGCAAAUUGCCUCCAUUACAAAAUCAUUUACCGUUGGCUUGGCGUCUCGUUUGAUGCAGGAAGGAAAACUUGAUUUCGACUUGCCUAUCAAGGAGUAUUUCCUGUUUCAUCAAGAUGUUCCCGAUAAGAAAUGGAACCACAAAAUUGCGAAUGUCACUUUGCGGCAACUUCUCCAAAUGACGGCUGGAAUUCCGGAAUCACCGGAAGACGAUGAAAUCGGAAAAUGUCUUCGAUGUGCAAACCAAACAGAUCGCCUGAUCCUGAUGCAAGACAAACAGUUGGAUUUCGAACCGGGAACGAAUUUCACUUAUUCUAAUUAUGGAUAUGAAUUGGUUGGUGCGGUCAUCGAAUCCGUUCUUGACGCAAAUAAGACUUUCGAUGGAGCGAUGACGGAGAUGAUUGAUUAG